CACUAGGUGUCUCCCUACAGAGCAGCAGCUCCCAGGACAGUGUCUUCUUCUUGCCUCUUUCAUUGCUUGCAGCAGCAGAAGGCAUGCUGGGAUACUGAGUACAGCUCACACGUGUGUGUAUACUGUGCCUGGGACAAGCUGAGCUUAGGGUACAGCCGGUGCGGGUGUGCAGUGACUGUCAGGACAGGUGUCAAAUUUGUGACCCAAGACUCAUUAACCCUUGCAAAACUGAAUGAACUGAAUAAGAAGCUGGCGUUCGAAUAAGAAGUGAAUAAGAAGCUAGAGCUUGAAUAAGAAGUGAAUAAGAAGCUGGCCGAAUAAGAAGCUAACUUCAGCCUCGUGUUUGGACUGUGGUAAUGAAUAUGCCACGGAGAGAGGCGCCGGCGGAUGCCGAGGAUGAAUCACCGGCAACGAAAAAAAUGCGGCACCAGCCCAGUGUUCCAUCUAUGGACUUUGCCACGCCGCGGAGCCUUUUUGAAAGCUUAAUUGCCCCUGUGACAAGUGAGGAAUUCUUCCGCACUUACUGGGAGAAAAAGCCUUUGUUAAUCCGUCAGAACAGCCCUGAUGUGCGCAGUUAUUGCCAGUCUCUAUUCACCAUGAAGGACUUAAGACAUGCCAGUAAAAAAGGCGUGUACUAUGGACGAGACGUGAACAUGUGCAAGUGCAAAGACAGAAAGAAAGUGGUUUUACAAAGACGUGGAAAAGCCACUUACCUGGAGAUGUUGAAAGAUUUCAGGCGUUCCAAAGCGACAAUACAGUUUCAUCAGCCUCAAAGAUUCAAUGACAAGCUGUGGCACAUUAUGGAGAAACUGGAGUGUUACUUUGGCACACUAGUUGGGUGUAAUGUUUAUAUCACACCGUCUGAAUCGCAGGGGCUGCCCGCGCACCAUGAUGAUGUUGAGGUCUUCAUUCUACAAGUAGAAGGGGAGAAGCACUGGCGCCUCUAUGCCCCCCUCAUCCCUCUGGCCAGAGAAUACGAUGUGGCCCCCGCUGACAAAGUCCUAACUCAGACCCAUGACCUCUUACUAAAGGAAGGUGACCUGCUGUAUUUUCCCAGAGGAGUCAUUCAUGAAGCUGACACUCCAGCCAGCUCAUCGCAUUCCACCCAUGUGACGAUCAGCACCUACCAGAACACCUCCUGGGCAGACUACCUGCAGGACUUGCUGCCGUCUCUCCUGAAUGACGCAGCAAUGAGUGAUGUGAAACUGAGGAAGGGCAUUCCUUUGCAACAGCUACUGCACUUGGAUCCCAGCAGCGUGGCAGAAACUCUGACCGGCCUCUUGUCUACCAUAGCCAAGAGGAUAGAGGCCAGGUGUCCGCUGAGGUCUUCAGAAAUGCUGCGCGAUUUCAUGGCGCACAGAUUACCGCCAUAUCUGGAUGUUGGUUCAUCGCUGUACAUGGAGAAAAGAGGUGACAUGAGAACGGACGACCCACCAAACAUAAACAGCACGAUCAAACUGCAGUACCAGGAUUAUGCAGCCAUCGCAAUAGAUAAGGUUCCAAAACUGCUUAAUCCCAAAGAAGAAUUGAUGAUUUACGUCUACCAUGCAUUGAAGAAUAACAGAAAGACACAUAUGGUCUCGGACAAUGAAGAAAGCCCUCCUGUGACUGGCUUGCGUUUCCCACUCUCCCACAUGAGCGCUCUAAAAGCAAUCUGGGAGAAUAAGCCGCUGCGUGUCAAAGAUUUGCCUCUAGAGAGUGACCACGACAAGGAAACCCUGGUGCUGUCCCUCUGGACUGAGGGAUUAAUGGAGAACAUCCCUGCCGAAGCUUAAAUACUGAUUCCCUUCAUUGUGUCCAAGCCGAAGCUGACAUUCUUACAUAAUAUGUUCACGGUGGCCCCCUACUUCCCAGUAAAAUGUGCCUUCCGCUGCCUUAGUGCUGUCUCAUAGAUGGCCUGUAAUCGCUCGUUUUAGUUACAGCCAAGAAUAGAGAAAAAUACAAUGAGGUGGGACAGUCCUUUGCAAGGGGACGUGAAAGCUGAAUGCACUGCUGAACCCAGGAUUUGCACCUUUGUGCUACACUUGUGCCUUUUCUCGAACGUCCUAGUGGAUGCUGGGGACUCCGUAAGGACCAUGGGGAAUAGACGGGCUCCGCAGGAGACAUGGGCACUUUAAGAAAGAAUUUAGAUUUUGGUGUGCUCUGGCUCCACCCUCUAUGUCCCUCCUCCAGACCCCAGUUUGAAUCUGUGCCCGGACGAGCUGGGUGCUGUUCAGUGAGCUCUCCUGAGCUUGCUGUAAGAAAGUAUUUUGUUAGGUUUUUUAUUUUCAGGGAACUCUGCUGGCAACAGACUCCCUGCAUCGUGGGACAGAGGGGAGAGAAGCAGCCCUACUCUCUGAAGCUAGGUCCUGCUUCUUAGACUACUGGACACCAUUAGCUCCAGAGGGAUCGUACACAGGAUCUCACCCUCGUCGUCCGAUCCCACCCUCGUCGUCCGAUCCCAGAGCCGCGCCGCCGUCCCCCUCGCAGAGCCGGAAGACAGAAGCCGGGUGAGUAUGAGAAGCAAGAAGACUUCGAAAUCGGCGGCAGAAGACUCCGUUCUUCACAUGAGGUAACGCACAGCACUGCAGCUGUGCGCCAUUGCUCCAAACACACCUCACAUACUCCGGUCACUGUAAGGGUGCAGGGCGCAGGGGGGGGCGCCCUGGGCAGCAUAUGGACCUCUGUUGGCAAAAGUAUUCAUAUAUACAGUUGGGCACUGUAUAUAUGUAUGAGCCCCCGCCAAAAAGAUAUGUAUUUUAGCGGGACAGAAGCCCUCCGUCGAGGGGGCGGGGCUUCUCCCUCAGCACUCACCAGCGCCAUUUUUUCUCCACAGCUCCGCUGAGAAGAAGCUCCCCAGGCUCUCCCCUGCAGAUCACGGUAGAAAAGGGUAAAAGGAGAGGGGGGGCACAUAAUUAGGCGCUAAAAACACAAUAUACAGCAGCUACUGGGUUAACAUUAAGUUACUGUGUUAUUCCUGGGUUAUAUAGCGCUGGGGUGUGUGCUGGCAUACUCUCUCUCUGUCUCACCAAAGGGCCUUGUGGGGGAACUGUCUUCAAAAAGGGCAUUCCCUGUGUGUGUGGUGUGUCGGUACGCUUGUGUUGACAUGUCUGAUGAAGAAGGCUAUGUGGAAGCAGAGCGGGAGCAAAUGAAUGUGGUGUCUCUGCCGACGGCACCGACACCUGAUUGGAUGGAUAUGUGGAAGGUUUUAAAUGAUAAUGUUAAUUCCUUACAUAAAAGGUUGGAAAAAGCUGAAGCCUCAGGACAGUCAGGGUCCCUACCCAUGCCUGAUCCUAUGUCGCAGAGGCCGACAGGGUCUCAGAAGCGCCCACUAUCCCAAAUUAUUGACACGGAUACCGACAUGGAUUCUGACUCCAGUGUCGAUUACGAUGAUGCAAAGUUACAGCCAAAAUUGGCUAAAUCCAUCCGUUAUAUGAUUAUAGCUGUUAAGGAUGUGUUGCACAUCACAGAGGAAACCCCAGUCCCUGACAGGAGGGUUCAUAUGUAUGGGGAAAAGAAGCUGCAGGUAACUUUUCCCCCCUCACACGAGCUCAAUGAGUUAUGUGAAAAGGCUUGGGAAUCUCCAGAUAAAAAACUGCAGAUUUCCAAAAGGAUUCUGGCGUAUCCUUUCCCGCCAACGGACAGGUUACGCUGGGAAUCCUCCCCUAGGGUGGACAAAGCUUUGACACGCUUAUCCAAGAAGGUAGCCUUGCCGUCACAGGAUACGGCUACCCUCAAAGAUGCUUCGGAUCGCAAACAAGAGGUUACCCUGAAGUCCAUUUAUACACAUUCAGGUACCUCACUGAGGCCGGCAAUCGAGUCGGCUUGGGUGUGUAGUGCUGUAGCAGCAUGGACGGAUACCUUAUCUGAGGAACUUGAUACCUUAGACAAGGAUACUAUAUUAAUGACCCUGGGGCAUAUUAAAGACGCUAUCCUUUAUAUGAGAGAUGCUCAGAGAGACAUUAGCCUACUAGGUUCUAGAAUAAAUGCUAUGUCGAUUUCUGCCAGAAGGGUCCUGUGGACUCGGCAAUGGACAGGUGAUGCCGACUCAAAAAGGCACAUGGAGGGUUUUACCUUACAAGGGUGAGGAAUUAUUUGGGGAGGGUCUCUCGGACCUGGUCUCCACAGCUACGGCUGGAAAGUCAAAUUUUUUGCCAUAUGUUUCCUCACAGCCUAAGAAAGCACCGUAUUACCAAAUGCAGUCCUUUCGAUCACAGAAAAACAAGAAAGUCCGAGGUGCGUCCUUUCUUGCCAGGGGCAGGGGCAGAGGAAAGAAACUGCACUACACAGCUAGUUCCCAGGAACAGAAGUCCUCACCGGCUUCCACUAAAUCCACCGCAUGACACUGGGGCUCUACAAGCGGAGCUAGGCCCGGUGGGGGCGCGUCUCCGAAAUUUCAGCCACAAGUGGGUUCACUCCCAGUUGGAUCUCUGGGCAAUAGAUAUUGUGUCUCAGGGAUACAAGCUGGAAUUCGAAGAGAUACCCCCUCACCGAUACCUCAAAUCGGCCCUGCCAGCUUCCCCCUUAGAGAGGGAAAUAGUGUUAACUGCAAUUCACAGAUUGUAUCUUCAACAGGUGGUGGUCAAGGUUCCCCUCCUUCAACAAGGAAAGGGUUAUUAUUCGACCAUGUUUGUGGUACCGAUACCGGACGGUUCGGUCAGACCCAUAUUGAAUUUAAAAUCCCUGAACAUGUACCUAAAAAGGUUUCGGUUCAAGAUGGAAUCGCUGAGAGCGGUCAUUGCAAGCCUGGAAGGGGGGGAUUUUAUGGUGUCUCUGGACAUAAAGGAUGCAUACCUUCAUGUCCCCAUUUAUCCACCUCAUCAGGCGUACCUCAGAUUUGUGGUACAGGAUUGUCAUUACCAAUUUCAGACGUUGCCGUUUGGUCUCUCCACGGCUCCGAGAAUAUUUACCAAGGUAAUGGCGGAAAUGAUGGUACUCCUGCGGAAGCAAGGGGUCACAAUUAUCCCAUACUUGGACGAUCUCCUCAUAAAAGCGAGGUCAAGAGAGCAGUUGCUGAUCAGUGUAGCACGUUCUCUGGAAGUGUUAAGGCAACACGGCUGGAUUCUAAAUAUUCCAAAGUCGCAGUUGGUUCCUACGACUCGUCUGCCUUUCCUGGGCAUGAUUCUGGACACAGACCAGAAAAUGGUUUAUCUCCCGAUAGAGAAGGUUCAGGAACUCAUGACACUGGUCAGGGACCUAUUAAAACCAAAACAGGUGUCAGUGCAUCACUGCACUCGAGUCCUGGGAAAGAUGGUGGCAUCAUACAAGGCCAUUCCCUUCGGCAGGUUCCAUGCGAGAACCUUUCAGUGGGACUUACUGGACAAAUGGUCCGGAUCACAUCUUCAGAUGCAUCGGUUAAUCACCCUAUCCCCCAGGGCCAGGGUGUCUCUCCUGUGGUGGCUGCAGAGUGCUCACCUUCUCGAGGGCCGCAGAUUUGGCAUUCAGGACUGGGUCCUGGUGACCACGGAUGCAAGCCUCCGAGGGUGGGGAGCAGUCACACAGGGAAGAAAUUUCCAAGGUCUGUGGUCAAGUCAGGAGACUUGCCUUCACAUCAACUUCCUGGAACUAAGGGCCAUUUACAACGCCCUACGUCAAGCAGAGACCCUGCUUUGCGGUCAACCAGUUCUGAUUCAGUCAGACAACAUCACCGCUGUGGCUCAUGUAAACCGACAAGGCGGCACAAGGAGCAGGGUGGCGAUGGCGGAAGCCACCAGAAUUCUUUGCUGGGCGGAGAAUCAUGUAAGCGCACUGUCAGCAGUGUUCAUCCCUGGGUAGACAACUGGGAAGCAGACUUCCUCAGCAGGCACAACCUCCACCCGGGGGAGUGGGGACUUCAUCAAAAAGUCUUCGCACAGGUUGCAAGUCGGUGGGAACUGCCACAGGUGGACAUGAUGGCAUCCCGCCUCAACAAGAAACUACAGAGGUAUUGCGCCAGGUCAAGAGACCCUCAGGCGAUGGCUGUAGACGCCCUGGUGACACCGUGGGUGUUCCAAUCGGUCUAUGUAUUUCCUCCUCUUCCUCUCAUACCCAAGGUGUUGAGAAUCAUAAGAAAAAGAGGAGUGAGAACAAUACUCAUUGUUCCGGAUUGGCCAAGAAGGACUUGGUAUCCAGAUCUGCAAGAAAUGCUCACGGAGGAACCGUGGCCUCUACCUCUAAGACAGGACUUGUUGCAACAAGGGCCCUGUCUAUUCCAAGACUUACCGCGGCUGCGUUUGACGGCAUGGCGGUUGAACGCCGGAUCCUAGCGGAAAAAGGCAUUCCAGAUUAGGUCAUUCCUACGCUGAUAAAGGCUAGGAAGGACGUGACAGCUCAACAUUAUCACCGUAUAUGGCGAAAAUAUGUUGCUUGGUGUGAGGCCAGGAAUGCCCCUACGGAGGAAUUCCAGCUGGGCCAUUUCUUUCACUUCCUACAGUCAGGAGUGACUUUGGGCCUAAAAUUGGGUUCCAUUAAGGUCCAGAUUUCGGCCCUAUCCAUUUUCUUUCAAAAAGAGCUGGCUUCUCUACCUGAAGUUCAGACGUUUGUGAAGGGAGUGCUGCAUAUUCAGCCCCCUUUUGUGCCCCCGGUGGCACCUUGGGAUCUUAACGUGGUGUUGAGUUUCCUAAAAUCCCACUGGUUUGAACCACUCAAAACGGUGGAAUUGAAAUAUCUCACGUGGAAGGUGGUCAUGCUACUAGCAUUGGCUUCGGCUAGGCGUGUGUCAGAAUUAGCGGUUUUGUCACAUAAAAGCCCCUAUCUGGUUUUCCAUGCGGAUAGAGCAGAGUUGCGGACCCGUCCACAAUUCCUGCCAAAAGUGGUUCAUCUUUUCAUAUAAACCAACCUAUUGUGGUGCCUGUGGCUACUACUGACUUGGAGGAUUCCGAGUUGCUUGAUGUGGUCAGGGCUUUGAAGGUUUAUGUAGCCAGAACGGCUAGAAUCAGGAAAACAGACUUUGUUUAUCCUGUGUGCUUCCAACAAGCUUGGUGCUCCUGCUUCAAAGCAAACUAUUGCUCGCUGGAUCUGUAACACGAUUCAGCAGGCUCAUUCUGCGGCUGGAUUUCCGCUGCCAAAAUCAGUUAAGGCCCAUUCCACUAGGAAGGUGGGCUCUUCUUGGGCGGCUGCCCGAAGGGUCUCGGCAUUACAGCUGUGCCGAGCGGCUACUUGGUCAGGUUCAAACACUUUUACAAAGUUCUACAAGUUUGGUACCCUGGCUGAGGAGGACCUUGUGUUUGCUCAUUCGGUGCUGCAGAGUCAUCCGCACUCUCCUGCCCGUUUGGGAGCUUUGGUAUAAUCCCCAUGGUCCUUACGGAGUUCCCAGCAUCCACUAGGACGUUAGAGAAAAUAAGAUUUUACUUACCGGUAAAUCUAUUUCUCGUAGUCCGUAGUGGAUGCUGGGCGCCUGUCCCAAGUGCGGACUUCUUCUGCAGUACUUGUAUAUAGUUAUUGCUGCAAUAAGGGCUAUGUUAUUGUUGCAUCAGGGUUGAACUGAUGCUCUGUUGUUGUUCAUACUGUUGACUGGGUAAGUUUAUCACAUGUUAUACGGUAUGAUUGGUGUGGCUGGUAUGAAUCUUGCCCUGGAUUUCCAAAAUCCUUUCCUUGUACUGUCAGCUCUUCCGGGCACAGUUUCUCUAACUGAGGUCUGGAGGAGGGACAUAGAGGGAGGAGCCAGAGCACACCAGAAUCUAAAUUCUUUCUUAUAGUGCCCAUGUCUCCUGCGGAGCCCGUCUAUUCCCCAUGGUCCUUACGGAGUCCCCAGCAUCCGCUACGGACUACGAGAAAUAUAUUUACCGGUAAGUAAAAUCUUAUUUUUACACUGUGUUCUGUAUGCCAAGGAGGUCUUCAAAUGCCGAUGUGGGAUUUUCCACGAAGUUGGUUACUAGGCGGGGUAAGGGGGUCUGUUGGCAACUAGAACAGUAAGUGCCAGGCUAUAAAUAUGCAGCUAUGAUCAGUAAUAGACGAGAAGGUUGGCUGGGCCCUCCUGGCAUGCAGAGCGCUUUCUUAAUUGCAGGAAAUGGUCAGCCGUUUUAAAACUCAGUUUGGAUAUUCUUCAUCUUGGCCCACAUGGCAAGAAUAGACCCAUUAAUACAAAAUGUCCCAACUAGCUGACCGUCAUGGCUGUCUUCACUGUGAUAUACUGCGAGCUAUGUGUCCAUACACAGGCGCAUGCAGCUAAUCCUCCACAGUGGCUACAUCUAGGUCUAAUUUGGCCACAGGCCCUUUGUAUACCUGAUCCGAUCCUGCAGCGCAUGCUGACUGGGAUCAGCAGGAACCUUGUGCCCAUGCAGUGCAAACCUUUACAUUGUAUAAAAGUAUCUGUUGAAGACUAAUGUGGAAGAAAACAGAACGAGAAUGAACAUCCCCGCAGCUGAAAAUGUGCCUUCUAGAUUCACGCCUUGUGUUCUAUUGAAUACCUAGAGGGCAGGAUGUCCUCCAAACCUAAAAAUGCCUUAACUUAGAACUGUACUUUUUAUAUCUGGGCUACUGAGAGAGCAAAUCCGUUCUUUCCAUGUUGCUGUCAUGCAUAUAUGGCUCAUUCAUUUUGAUUGUCUGUAAUUUUUCCAAAAUCUGUAACCAAUAAAAUUAUUAUUUUUAACCGUU